UCGGAAUUUCCCAAAAAACAAAGGGAAACCCAAACAACAACUAACAGGCCCUAAAACGCCCGUUUACGCAGUAACCACUGCACCUUUCUUGCUAAGAUAUUACGGAGUAUCAUAUUAUUAUAGUCCAGGGUUUCAAAUUCCAAUCUCAUUAUUCUCGUCCUGCUGGUUAUUCACGACGAAGUUUAAGUUAUUUCUGUAGCCAAGAAUGGAACACUCAAAUGAUGAAAGUAGAAAAGAGAGUGUUACAGAUUUGAAAGAUCAUUGCAGCAUCGUCUUUCCUAUACCAUCACAAGACAGUGGAUUGACAAAGAACCAACAACGUUUAGGAACAAGUUUUGCGUCUCCAACACCAGAGAAAACGACUGAGUCACUGUCCCGUACUGUUAAGCUCAAAAAGGAUUUUUCUGAACUUCCCGAGAAUGUUUCUUUGAAUCUACUCAGUUUCAGGUCCUUGUCUGAGUUUUUUGAUCGCAUGGUGUGUUCGAUGAGAUUGCUUAGUCUACGUAAAAUGUCACCUACUUUUAAACACAUUUCCAGUCAAGUGGAAGUCCUAACAGGAAGAAAGUUUCUCUAUGGGCACCUUGCAAAAAUAAUGUACAUAGUUCCUGAAGUGGUUCAUAUUGAUAAAUCACUUGUGCAUGACGGGAAGACAUGUUGCAUGAAGCCUGAUAUUAAAGUUACAUUGCAUCUUGAUGCUUUGGAAGACCACCAUGAACAGUCAACAUUUAUCCAUGUCAGCAAUGUUUUCCGAGCCAAGCUCAUUGACUUAUUUGCUAAACACCCGGAGGGCACUGACAUUCCGGAAGCUAUACUUCCGGACCCAUUUAAUGGAAGCACUCUCACUGUGCAACCUGAUUCAUUGCUAGUCACUACUAUGUCAUCGCCCCCGUUGGAAGAAAUUGAACUAUUGGAGUCAUCAUCCCAUCUUGCACCAUCUUUUAGUUCACACUUCUCUCUCAAGACUGUUGUUCCGGAAGAAAAGAAAUCCAAACUUUUAACCACUUCUAUUUCUUCAUUUAUUGAUGAUAAUGCUGAGACGACUCUUAAAACUGAAAGUGAAAUUUUAGCUUCUCUCAAAAGCUCCACAGUCAAGGACUCUGUCCAACAGCUUUCUGCUGGUAGCUCCAAAGUGUGUGAAGCUAGCACUCCGGUGAAGCUUUCCUCAGAGAGUGCAAGUGAUAAUUUAUGUGUUGAAACACCCGCACAGUCUGCUCCAAGGAGAUCAGCAUCUGCUACUGAGGAUAAGAUCAAGAAAGUGAUUAUCCAAAGUGGUUUUGCGUCUUCCACUUUUACUGUAAAAAGAUCACUUAUGGAUGAUUUGGAGUGGUCUGAAACUGCUAAAUCUUUCUUCCCUGAAAAAGAAGAAAUCAAGGGUCGUACAUUUCCCUGUGGCAAUGUCACAGCAAGUGAAGAAGCAUAUCCAUCCCGGGAGCUUGAGGAAAGUAAUUUGCUUUCUGGCAAGGAUGUGGAAUGCUUACCUCUGCCACAGCAAAGAUAUAUUGAUUUGCCCAAACUUGUGCGCUUAAUUCACAACAUUUUUAAGUCGGUUGGCCGUUGUUCAAUGACUAAAGAAGAACUCUUUCACAAGAUCAUAAUGGUUGACUGUGAUAUAGAUGAAAGCAGUGACAUUGAAAGACAGAUAGCUCUUCUUGAGAAACUUGUUCCAGAUUGGAUUUGCAAGAAGGAUGAGCCCAGUGGAGGCCUUUUGUACAGUGUCAAGAGUGUCUCGGACUUGGAUUCUGUUUGUGGAAGGCUGAGCAGCUCAUGACAACACUUCGUCUCAAGGUUGUCACUAACAAAACAACGCACACAUGCUGCAUGUGCUAAAAAUUAAAUGCAUUGUUUAAUUGAACUCUUCCCUAUAUAUAUAUAUAUAUAUAUAUAUAUAUAUAUAUAUAUAUAUAUAUAGGGAAAGUUCAAUUAAAAAGAGGUGCUCUUGUGUAAAGUGCGAAUGAUUGCACUUUUCCCACACGGUGUUGCACUUUUGCAUGCUUCUUUUGCACUUUUUCGCGGUGUCAAAAAACUUCGGUUUAUUUACAAAAUUGUCACCGCGUUUUUGAUCAAUUUUAGUGCAUUUUGGGCUCAUUUUGAGACAUUAGAUGUGGAAAUGAAUGCACAAGGUUCAUUCUCACUUUGCAUGGGAAGAUCUCUUUGUAUUUGAACUAUCCCCUA